AAAAUAAAGCAGCGCACAGAACAGUAGAGAAUAGAAUUGGAAAAAGAACAAAACGGAAAGAAAAGAAAACGUUAAAAGAAAGAUAGAAAUUUUUUUCUUUAACGGUUUGUGCUCGGUUACAUAACUGUGUUCUGUAGGCCAAAAAUUUGCUGAAAGUGUCAUCAACUUUGUAAAAUUAUUCAGUCAAUAGUUUAAAACAAAAUCUUCUAACAAAGUGUAAAAUUUCAUAGAAUAUACCAAAUAUCUCUAUAACGAAACUCUCUAACAACAAUAUUCAAUACAAAGAAAUCCCCCCUCUAAAAUCCUCAGCAACAAACAAAAAAAUCGGUAAAAAUGUUUUUGCAACAAAGUUGAUUACGCGAUAAACUGCUAACAACCUACAAAAUAUUAAAAAACCAAACAAAUAAUUAUUAUUACAAAUUGUUAUACGAAUCUGAAUAAUAAAGUUGAACAUAUAGACUAAAUUAAAACAAAUAUUAACCUUCCAACAUACACUUACUCACUCUCUCUCACACACACACACACACCUUAAGAUCAGACGACACCACGACGUCUUUAAGCAAUCUGAAGUCGUAGGAGAAGAAGUAAAUCCAGAAAAAAUAAAAACUAUAUAAUUUAUAACAAAUAAAACUAAACUGCUCUAGACACACAAAAUCCUUAAAAUUUAAUUUAAAAAUAAAACAAACUUAAAUCCUAAAUACAGUUCAUAUAUAUAUAAAUAAAUAAAACAAAAUGGCCGAUAAAAAGAAUGAAUAUUAUGCGCCACCUCCAAAAAUGGGCAAAUGGCAGGGCUUCAAAACAUUUCUGUGGAACAGUGAAACUAGUCAAUGUCUGGGUCGUACAGGCGGUAGUUGGGCAAAAAUUCUGAUAUUUUAUGUAAUAUUUUAUGCGGCACUAACUGGAUUCUUUGCUGCCAUUUUUGCUGUAUUUUAUCAGACAUUGGAAAUAAAUAAACCUAAAUGGACAUUAGGCGAUGGUUUAAUCGGGACAAAUCCAGGUCUUGGUUUUCGACCAAUGCCACCAGAGGUGAAUGUUGAAAGUACUUUAGUUUGGUAUGAAUCAAAUAAACCAGAUAAUUUCAAAUAUUGGGUAGAAGAAACCUCUAAUUUCUUAAAAGCCUAUGAAGAAUUACCCAAAAAGAAUCAAGUAAAUUGUUCAUUUGAAAAUCCACCACCUGAAGGCAAAGUAUGCGGCAUUGAUCGUAGCCAAUUUGCUCCCUGCACAGAGGAAAAUCAUUUUGGUUAUAACUUGGCCAGACCCUGCGUAUUCCUCAAGUUGAAUAAGAUUUACAACUGGGUUCCUCAAAUCUACAACGAUUCAAAGAAUUUACCUGAUGAAAUGCCAAAUGAGUUGAAACGACACAUCACAGAAAAACACACCUUGAGACCAAAUGAGACUAAUGUCGUUUGGAUCUCUUGCGAAGGUGAAAAUCCCGCUGAUGUUGAAAAUAUCAAAGCUCGUGACUAUUAUCCACGUAUGGGUUUCCCAUCCUACUAUUUCCCCUUCAAAAAUAUUGACGGUUAUAUACCACCUAUUGUAGCUGUGCAAUUUACCGUUGAAACUGGUGUCUUAAUUAAUAUUGAAUGCAAAGCUUGGGCACGUAACAUUCAUCAUGAUCGUUCAGAAAGGAGAGGAUCCGUCCACUUCGAGUUGAUGGUUGAUUAAGAUCAAUCUUUAGAAGACGUAAAACAACAACAGCAGCAGCAGAAACAACAACAGCAGCAGCAGCAACAAAGCAAAGAACAACAACAACAAAUACAACAGCAUCAAGAGCAAAAACAGCAGCCACAACAACAACAACAGCAAGAUAACAACAACAGUGAACUUAAAAAUACUACUACUAGAACAACAGCAGAAGUAACAGCAACAAAUAAGAAAAGUUUUAAUUAAAAUAAAUUAAAAUUAGUAAGAAUUAAAACAGCAAA